CAUAAAAUUCAACAAUUCAAAUUGUAAUAUCUUUGUUGUUGGUUGUGUUAGCUUUGUGUGUUUUUUCUUAUACUAUUAAACUUUAUAUUAAUAACUUAUAAAGCCCUAGUUUUAAAUAAGAAUACAAUUAAUAAAGUUUAUUAAGAAAAAGUUAAGAUGGUACACUCCUCAGAGGGCAAAGGCUUAAAAAGCGGAGCAAUUGAUUUUAUAGCUGGAUCACUUGGUGGUGUGGCAGUGGUUUACGUUGGACAACCAUUGGAUACAGUGAAAGUAAAGAUGCAAACGUUUCCUCACCUAUAUAAAGGCAUGUAUGAUUGUUUAAAACAGACACUCAAAAAUGAUGGCAUAAUCCGAGGGCUAUAUGCAGGGACCACACCGGCAAUUAUGGCUAAUGUUGCAGAGAACUCUGUACUUUUUGCAGCAUAUGGCUAUUGUCAAAAGUUUGUUUGUCAUGUAACGGGCACCGAGAGCACAGAUCAACUCUCCAUGAUGGGUAACGCAUCAGCGGGAUUCCUGGCUGCUUUCUUCUCGUCCUUCACCCUGUGUCCCACAGAACUGAUCAAGUGCCAACUUCAAGCUAUGAGAGAGGUCAACGUGCAAGGCUCCCAAACAGCUAUAACGCCACUACAGCUGUCUCAGCAAAUAUUCAAGCAGUAUGGUAUACAAGGUCUCUUCAGAGGUCUAGUACCGACUAUUAUGAGAGAGAUGCCGGGAUAUUUCUUCUUUUUCGGUGGAUAUGAAGGUACAAGAGAAUUAUUAGCGAAGCCGGGACAGUCGAAGGAUGACAUAGGUUUUGUAAAAACCAUGAUCGCAGGCGCAGUUGGCGGCUGUGUGCUGUGGACAGUGAUCUUUCCCUCCGAUGUUAUCAAGUCACGUGUUCAGAUAUCAAACAAAAAGUUAAAGUUCCUAACAGUGGGCUAUGAGAUUGUAAAGAAAGAAGGUUUCUUAGCUCUUUACAAUGGAUUAAAACCUACGCUUAUAAGGACAGUACCGGCGACCGCUGUGUUGUUCGUGGUGUACGAAUAUUCCAAGAAAUUUAUGCACCAAUCAUUUGGGGAUUAAAUAUUAGCUUAUUAUCACUUAUAAAUACUCUG